UCCAGACGGUCGCAAUCCACACGUUUCUAAAUACGUUGUCAAACUUGUUUCGUCGCUCAUUUUAAUUGUAUCUGAUGUUUAGUUUAGACGUUUAAAACGUUUUAAAAAUUUGCAAGUUUAUUUAAUGGUACUGGCUGAAUAAAAUUUACGUAGAAUUACGUUCAAAUUGUCAGUGAUUGCUGUCAGCUAUCAACAUUUUGUGAUACGACAAAAAAAUUUAUAAAAUUAAUUUGUGGUUAGUUUCGUGUUAAAUUUUAUUUGUGUGCGGCAAUGGCGUGUACAAUAUGUUUGAACAACGAUGAUAAACCGGUAAAAAUGAGAAAGGAACGUGACACGUUUGGCGAGCUGGACGUGCCAGAUGACAAGCUAUAUGGCGCCCAGACCGUACGCUCCGUCAUGAACUUCCCCAUCGGCGGCAUUGAAGAACGAAUGCCGUAUCCAGUCAUCGUAGCCAUGGGCAUCCUUAAAAAAGCGGCUGCUAAAGUUAACAUUGAAUUCGGCCUGGACAAAAAGCUCGCGGACGCGAUCAUGCAGGCGUGCGAUGACGUCAUCUCCGGGAAACUGUACAGGGAGGGUCACUUUCCCCUGGUCAUCUGGCAGACCGGUUCCGGUACUCAGUCCAACAUGAACACCAAUGAGGUAAUAUCCAAUCGGGCGAUCCAAAUCCUCGGAGGUAAGCUUGGCAGCAAGGAUCCAGUUCAUCCGAACGACCACGUGAACAAAUCGCAGAGCUCCAACGACACUUUCCCGACCGCAAUGCACAUCGCCGUCGGCAUGGAGUUGAGAGACCGUCUCAUGCCGGGCCUCGUGGCGCUGAGAGACACGCUGGAUGCCAAGUCUAAGGAGUUCGACAAGAUCAUCAAGAUUGGGAGAACUCACUUAAUGGACGCCGUACCGCUGACCCUGGGCCAAGAGUUCAGCGGGUACGCGGCGCAACUGACGUACGGCAUUGAGCGUGUUUGCACCACUCUGCCAAGGCUGCACUACUUGGCUCUUGGCGGCACCGCGGUGGGUACUGGACUCAACACUCGCAAGGGUUUCGCGGAGAAAUGCGCGAAGGAGAUCGCUACUCUCACUGGGAUACCAUUCGAGACAGCGCCCAACAAGUUCGAAGCUUUAGCCAGUCACGAUGCGAUGGUGGAGGUUUCCGGGGCCCUGAACACAAUCGCCUGUUCCCUGAUGAAGAUAGCUAACGACAUCCGACUCCUGGCUUCGGGACCACGCUGCGGCCUGGGUGAGCUGAUGCUGCCGGAGAACGAACCUGGAUCCUCCAUCAUGCCUGGCAAAGUGAACCCGACCCAGUGCGAGUCGCUCACCAUGAUCGCUGCACAGGUGAUGGGCAACCACGUGGCCUGCACAGUGGGUGGCAGCAACGGUCACUUCGAGCUGAACGUGUUCAAACCUAUGAUGGUGGCCAGCGUCCUGCGGUCCAUCAGACUUAUUGGCGACGGCUGCCAGUCGUUCAACAAGAACUGUGCGGUCGGCAUCAAGGCGAACGAGGCGCAGAUCAGCAAAAUCAUGCGCGAGUCGCUUAUGCUGGUGACGGCGCUCAACCCGCACAUCGGAUACGAUAAGGCCGCCCAAAUCGCGAAGACUGCCCACAAAGAGGGAGGCACGCUCAAAGACACGGCCAUCAAGCUAGGCAUCCUAACAGCGGAACAGUUCGACCAAUGGGUCAAACCUGAGGAGAUGCUCGGACCUAAGUAAACUCGUGACUGCCACCUCAUCCCAUAACUAUGUCGCAGUAUUAAUAUUCCUAACAGUGCAGUACGACUUGUUUGCCCAUGAACGUUAGCGGAGUAGGUAUCACGUAUACCUUCGUAUAUCUAGAUAGAUUGUCAAAAAUCUGAACUAAUCAGAAGCUUCCCUACCUACGUGUGUCUAGGUAUAUAGAUAGAUAGGGUUGACAAAAAUCUGAACUAAUCAAAAGGUUCCCUACCUACGUGUGUCUAGGUAUAUAGAUAGAUAGGGUUGACAAAAAUCUGAACUAAUCAAAAGGUUCCCUACCUACGUGUGUCUAGGUAUAUAGAUAAGAGGGUUGUCAAAAAUCUAAGCUAAUCAGAAAUCUUCCCAACCUACGUGUGUCUAGGUAUAUAGAUAGAUAGGGUUGUCAAAAAUCUGAACAAAUCAGAAGCUUCCCUACGUACGUAUGUAUGGGUUUAACAACCACACCCAGUGGCGUGCACUUGGUUUCUUACCAGGGUAUGCAUACAGCAGGAAAAAUGCAUAUAACGGCAAAAAUGCUCCUCUUAUACCAGUUAUAUAGAAAUUGUAGAGUAGGCAGUGCUUUUGUGCAACUAUUAAGUGCACGCCACUGACCACACCCCUAUCAGGUUAGCCCGCUACCUUCUUAGACUGUCGAAAUUGAAAAUAUUUGUGAUUCCUAUAAAGUGUGAAUAUGGUAGCAAUGCCAUAUUUAAGAAUAUUUAAAGUGAGAAUCACUAAUAUCGCAUUUAAUGCACUUUUAGACCAGAUAACGCAAAUAAUGGCAACUUUCACCAACAAGGCAUAACUAAAUAACUAGCGGACCCUCGCGACUUCGUCCGCGAAUGAGUCCUUAAAAAAUAGUCGUAUGUCCAUAAAAAUGAU